CUAAUAUGUUACUUCUAUCUAUCCUUCCAGUGUCGUGAUACACUUUGGAUUGAGACAUUGCACUUGGUGAUGCUCAUUUAUGCACCAAAGAGAAUCCACUUUAGACGAGCAAACUCAUAUAAAAUGAGAAUUCAGCUGGCUAUUCUUGACUGGGUACAGUUUAUAAAUACAAUAUUUAUAUUAAAUAAUUUGACUGUUUUUUAUUAGUAUGUGUGUAUGCUUCUGUGUGCCCCGGAAAUUAUUGCAGAGAAUGAAAUACAGUAAUAUGUAGUAGUUCUUGUUUAUUCAUAUAGAAUGAGAAUGUGCUGAGAGAAACAUCUCUUCAAUAUUACCAAACAAGUCGCCAACCAGACCGAAUUGCACCACACAGGGUGCUGGUGGAAAAGACCUUCCGCUUUAAAGAUGAGAUCUGGACAUACUUUUAUAAGAAUUUGUAA